UUCGGGGCUUAUUUUUGGGAGGGUAAAGGAAUCGUGGUCAUCAUGGUAGCUUGUUACCAGACUUGGGGGUCGGGCGCUCCUGGCUUCAGCAGCGCUCAUGGGGGAGCUGUUUACAGAGCUGACUGGAGGCGCAGGGAGAGCCCCGAGAGCGGGCUGCGUCCACCACAGCCUGCAUGUUCUUGUAGGAAUAAGAGUUGUGAUUGCAUCUUGGCGAGGCUUCCUCAUUCCAGCACUGCGCCUCUGUGCACAUGCCGGACUUGGGUUUUUGAGGUGAUGUUUUGGGUCGUAUUUUGUGAAGCCUGGGAUACCCCUAGACAACUCGGGUGGGUUCAACUCCUGAUUUCUGCUUUGGGACAGCCACACAUCUAAUUCUUUCAAGUAGUUUUAUGUGAAAAACUUGUAAAAGAUUGGAACAAUGCCUCCAAGACCAUCAUCAGGUGAACUGUGGGGCAUCCACUUGAUGCCCCCAAGAAUCCUAGUAGAAUGUUUACUACCAAAUGGAAUGAUAGUGACUUUAGAAUGCCUCCGUGAGGCUACAUUAAUAACUAUAAAGCAUGAACUAUUUAAAGAGGCAAGAAAAUAUCCUCUCCAUCAACUUCUUCAAGAUGAAUCUUCUUACAUUUUCGUAAGUGUUACCCAAGAAGCAGAAAGGGAAGAAUUUUUCGAUGAAACAAGACGACUUUGUGACCUUCGACUUUUUCAACCCUUUUUAAAAGUAAUUGAACCAGUAGGCAACCGUGAAGAAAAGAUCCUCAAUCGAGAAAUUGGUUUUGCCAUCGGCAUGCCAGUGUGUGAAUUUGAUAUGGUUAAAGAUCCAGAAGUACAGGACUUCCGAAGAAAUAUUCUUAAUGUUUGUAAAGAAGCUGUGGAUCUUAGAGAUCUCAAUUCACCUCAUAGUAGAGCAAUGUAUGUCUAUCCUCCAAAUGUAGAAUCUUCACCAGAACUGCCAAAGCACAUAUAUAAUAAAUUAGAUAAAGGACAAAUAAUAGUGGUGAUUUGGGUAAUAGUUUCUCCAAAUAAUGACAAACAGAAGUAUACUCUGAAAAUCAACCAUGACUGUGUACCAGAACAAGUAAUUGCUGAAGCAAUCAGGAAAAAAACUCGAAGUAUGUUGCUGUCAUCUGAACAACUAAAACUUUGUGUUUUAGAAUAUCAGGGCAAGUAUAUUUUAAAAGUAUGUGGAUGUGAUGAAUACUUCUUAGAAAAAUACCCUCUGAGUCAGUAUAAGUACAUAAGAAGCUGUAUAAUGCUUGGGAGAAUGCCCAAUUUGAUGCUGAUGGCUAAAGAAAGCCUUUACUCUCAAUUGCCCAUGGACUGUUUUACAAUGCCAUCCUAUUCCAGACGCAUCUCCACAGCUACACCAUAUAUGAAUGGAGAAACAUCUACAAAAUCCCUUUGGGUUAUAAAUAGUGCACUCAGAAUAAAAAUUCUUUGUGCAACCUAUGUGAAUGUAAAUAUUCGAGACAUUGACAAGAUCUAUGUUAGAACAGGUAUCUACCAUGGAGGAGAACCAUUAUGUGAUAAUGUGAACACUCAAAGAGUACCUUGUUCUAAUCCCAGGUGGAAUGAAUGGCUGAAUUAUGAUAUAUACAUUCCUGAUCUUCCUCGUGCUGCUCGACUUUGCCUUUCCAUUUGUUCUGUUAAAGGCCGAAAGGGUGCUAAAGAGGAACACUGUCCAUUGGCCUGGGGAAAUAUAAACUUGUUUGAUUACACAGAUACUCUGGUAUCUGGAAAAAUGGCUUUGAAUCUUUGGCCAGUACCUCAUGGAUUAGAAGAUUUGCUGAAUCCCAUUGGUGUUACUGGAUCAAAUCCAAAUAAAGAAACUCCAUGCUUAGAGUUGGAGUUUGACUGGUUCAGCAGUGUGGUAAAGUUUCCAGAUAUGUCAGUGAUUGAAGAGCAUGCCAAUUGGUCUGUAUCCCGAGAAGCAGGAUUUAGUUAUUCCCAUGCAGUACUGAGUAACAGACUAGCUAGAGACAAUGAAUUAAGAGAAAACGAUAAAGAACAACUCCGAGCAAUUUGUACACGAGAUCCUCUAUCUGAAAUCACUGAGCAAGAGAAAGAUUUUCUGUGGAGCCACAGGCACUAUUGUGUAACUAUCCCUGAAAUUCUACCCAAAUUGCUUUUGUCCGUUAAGUGGAAUUCUAGAGAUGAAGUAGCUCAGAUGUACUGCUUGGUAAAGGAUUGGCCUCCAAUCAAACCUGAACAGGCUAUGGAACUGCUGGACUGCAAUUACCCAGAUCCUAUGGUUCGAGGUUUUGCUGUUCGAUGCUUGGAAAAAUAUUUAACAGAUGACAAACUUUCUCAGUACCUAAUUCAACUAGUACAGGUCCUGAAAUAUGAACAGUAUUUGGAUAACCUGCUUGUGAGAUUUUUACUUAAGAAAGCAUUGACUAAUCAAAGGAUUGGACACUUUUUCUUUUGGCAUUUAAAAUCUGAGAUGCAUAAUAAGACAGUUAGUCAGAGAUUUGGCCUGCUUUUGGAGUCUUAUUGUCGUGCAUGUGGGAUGUAUCUGAAGCACCUGAACAGACAAGUUGAAGCUAUGGAAAAGCUCAUUAACUUAACUGACAUUCUCAAACAAGAGAAAAAGGAUGAAACACAAAAGGUACAAAUGAAGUUUUUAGUUGAGCAAAUGAGGCGACCAGAUUUCAUGGAUGCUCUGCAGGGCUUUCUGUCUCCUCUGAAUCCUGCUCACCAACUUGGAAAUCUCAGGCUUGAAGAGUGUCGAAUUAUGUCCUCUGCAAAAAGGCCAUUGUGGUUGAACUGGGAGAACCCAGACAUCAUGUCAGAGUUACUCUUUCAGAACAAUGAGAUCAUCUUUAAAAAUGGUGAUGAUUUACGGCAAGAUAUGCUAACUCUUCAGAUUAUUCGCAUUAUGGAAAACAUCUGGCAAAACCAAGGUCUUGAUCUUCGAAUGUUACCUUAUGGUUGUCUGUCAAUUGGAGACUGUGUGGGACUUAUUGAGGUGGUGAGAAAUUCUCACACUAUUAUGCAAAUUCAGUGCAAAGGCGGCCUCAAAGGCGCACUGCAGUUCAACAGCCACACACUACAUCAAUGGCUCAAAGACAAGAACAAAGGAGAAAUAUAUGAUGCUGCCAUUGACCUAUUUACACGUUCAUGUGCUGGAUAUUGUGUCGCUACCUUCAUUUUGGGAAUUGGAGAUCGUCACAAUAGUAACAUCAUGGUUAAAGAUGAUGGACAACUGUUUCAUAUAGAUUUCGGACACUUUCUGGAUCACAAGAAGAAAAAAUUUGGUUACAAACGAGAACGUGUGCCAUUUGUUUUGACACAAGAUUUCUUAAUAGUGAUUAGUAAAGGAGCCCAGGAAUGCACAAAGACAAGAGAAUUUGAGAGGUUUCAGGAAAUGUGUUACAAGGCUUAUCUAGCUAUUCGGCAGCACGCCAAUCUCUUCAUAAAUCUUUUCUCAAUGAUGCUUGGCUCUGGAAUGCCAGAACUACAAUCUUUUGAUGAUAUUGCAUACAUUCGAAAGACCCUAGCUUUAGAUAAAACCGAGCAAGAGGCUUUGGAAUAUUUCAUGAAACAAAUGAAUGAUGCACAUCAUGGUGGCUGGACAACAAAAAUGGAUUGGAUCUUCCACACAAUUAAGCAGCAUGCUUUGAACUGAAGUGAUAACUGAGAAACUGAAAUCUCGAUAUCUGGAUUCUAUACUGCACUGUUAAUAACUGUCAACAGGCAAAGACUGAUUGCAUAGGAAUUGCACAAUCCAUGAACAGCAUUAGAAUUUACAGCAAGAACAGAAAUAAAAUACUAUAUAAUUUAAAUAAAACGCAAACAGGGUUUGAUAGCACUAAACUAGUUCAUUUCAAAAUUAAGCUUUAGAAUAAUGCGCAAUUUUCAUGUUAUGCCUUAAGUCCAAAAAGGUAAACUUUGAAGAUUAUUUGUAUCUUUUUUUAAAAAACAAAACAAAAAAUAUCCAAAAUAUAUAGAAAUGACGGAGAAGGAAAAAAAAUGAUGUUCUCUUUUUGUCCUGCAAGUGUUCUAUGUUUUGAAAUGUGGACACAACACAUACAAAGUCUAUCACUGCAUUAGGUCCAACCAAACUGGAGUUUGAUGUUAAAUUACAUUAAGAUUGGAAAAUAAUGAAAUUUCUUAUUUUUCCAUUGCUGUUCAAUUUAUAGUUUGAAGUGGGUUUUUUGACUCCUUGUUUAAUGAAGAAAAAUGCUUGGGGUGGAAGGGACUCUUGAGAUUACACCAGAGACUUUCCUUUUUAAUAAAUCAAACCUUUUGAUGAUUUGGGGUCUUAUCUGCAAAGUUUUGGAAGCAGUCACAAAUGAGACCUAUUAUAAAAUGGUGUUUUGGGGGUUUUUUUCUGGACAGUAUUUACAAGAAUCUGAUUCUUAUUUCCCAGGGAAAUUCUGGGCUCCCACAAAGUGAAAUCAUCAUCAUAGAGAAAAAAAUGAGCAGGAACAGUUCUUGCUCCAGAAUUGUACAAUAGUCACAUUAGGUUGAUGAUUUUUUUUCUCUCCUUUUGCAAUUGAAUACAUUUUUCAUGCAUGUUUUCCAGAAAAUAGAAGUGAGUAUUAAUGUUAUUAAAAAGAUUAUUUUUUUUAUUAAAGGCUAUUUAUAUUAUAGAAACUAUCAUUAAUAUAUAUUCUUUAUUUACAUGAUCUGUCCCAUAGUCAUGCAUUGUUUUGCACCCCAAAAUUUUUAUUGUUCAUAGCAGCAUGGUCAGCUUUUCCCUUGGUCUGUGGGUGAGGCUUAGGCACCAUCCCAUUUAUACCAAUGACUAGUGUAUAACUAACUACUUAAGGAGAACAGAUUAAAGUUUAUCUCCUUUCCAUUUAUUUCUUUAUGUUUUCACAUAAAUCCACCAUCUUCCAUCCUGUUUUAUAGUUGAGAAUGUGUCAAUCAUAUGAAAUAGUUACCAAAAUUAACACAACUUAGAGUAUCUUCCUGAUUGCUUAAACCCCUCUACCGAGGUUUGCUCAUGAAUAAUACUUUAUAAUAUGGGGGAAUAGAAAACAUGAACUUUUUACCUUGUUAGGCUAUUUAUCCAAUAGCUCAAUAAUAAAAGUAGAACCUUUAAACUGUUUUAAGAUCAUGUUCCAUUUCCAAGUGGUCAGGACUCACUCUCCAACUUUAUUAAAUUGCAUUUAAGCACAGGAUACAUUCUUAAACAUUUUGAAAACAUUAACCCAAGACAUAGGGGCUAAUGCUAGUCAUCAUUAUAGAAUCUGAUAUUUUACUCAGUAUUUGAAAUGAAUGAUUAAUGUCCUAGUAAAUAGCUUUAGCAAAUGUCCAGGUGCCACACCAGAAAAGUGCAAUAAUUUACUGACAGUUUUCUAGAUUAGGCAUAUUAUUGGAAUACUUUAUAAAAGUGCACAUUGUAUACUCUAGUAAAACAGCAUCACUUUAAAAACUAUCCAUUAAUGAAAUCAGUUACCUAUAGUAGAAGUCUUGAAUUGUGAACAGGGGACUCUAAUACAGAUACUCUUAGUAUUUGACUAUUUUAGGACCCUUAAAGGGCAUCAUUAUUGGAGAUUUAGGUACUUCACUAAAGCAUGUAUAUAAUAUUGCCGACAAGAAAAAUAAAUUUGAAGAUUAAAGGAACUUAUUUCUGUAAACUGUCUUGGAAUAAGUAAGAAGAGUUAAACUCCAUUUUAAGUGGGAAACCAGAAAGAUUCUUUUGCAGAUACAGAAGAUUUCAGAAGAUUUAUUAAAACUUCAUGAUUAACAUGUUGGGUCUUUUAGAUAUAUUCAGUUAGUACACACUGUCCCAGUCUUUAUAACAGGGAUUGAUUACAAGAUAACUCAGUGAAAUGGUACACAAAUAUGAAACUUUGAUGGAGGACAAAAAGAUUUUACAGAGAACUGUGUUUUAUCCAAGUGCCAAAAAAGCCUUGCACUUCCUUGCACAAAAUUUAUACAAUUUUUAUAUUUUUCACCUCAGUCCAGAGAGAUUUGUCCCCACCCUUCCCAUGGGACCUCUCCACCAUUAAAACACAAACCACAAGCUUAUUUCAUCAUUUACAUUUAUUUUCAAGAGUUAUCACAGCCAAAUUAAUUGUUUGAAUUAUUUUAUUAUUUUAUAAGAAUAUAGAUAGUGAUUUAAUUAGAAGCAAAGUAAAAUUUAAACAAAUUGAAGCAGAGUUUAUGGAAACUACCUUAAAAAGUAAGGGACAAAUGGAUAGGCAAUACUGAGAAAGCAAGGAACCAAAAACUGAAUUGAAUGCUCAUGGGGUGAAGGAGAUCGUGUUUCAGGUCAAGGAUCAUACAACCAUUUCUGGGUAUUCAGUGUCCCAGAUCAAAUCCCGUGAAUCAGACGACUGACCAUCCUUGUCAUUGAAUGUGGUAUAUGACUGACUAUGGACUCUACAGUUUCAUCUGGGCACUUGAGAACUAUUUCCUUCAUGACAAUUUUGGAGGGAAAAAGAAAAGCAGGCUUGAAGAAAAUAAAGCCUAAUUUUGAACACAUUUUAGCAAGAAAUAAUCAACUAUUUGAAAAUUAUGCUUUAACUUUUUAAUCAUUUUCAGCUGUACAAAUUGUUUAUUUUGAAGAUUUUAGACUGCUGUUAAUUUGAAAUCUGUUAAUCAUAUUGUGGAAUUUGGUUUUUUAAAAAAAUAUGUUUCUAAUUGGAUUUUUUAAAGAGGAAUGGAAUUUGGUCACUAUUUUACAAUAGAACCUAAACCUUUUGUGGUUCUUAAUGUCUUCUGUAAAACUUAGCAUCAGAGCAAUCAACUUUGAGGUUUUCCCUUCUAAUCUGCUUUAUAUUACAAGCCCUUUAGGAAAAGGGAAACUGAUGAAUAUACAAUGAAUUGUAAAAUAUUUUAAUGUGUAACUUUUUCAACUGUGAAACUAUGACUAUUGGUUUUUUGAUGAAAACAGCUGCUGACAAAGUAUUUUGUGUAAAGUGUAGUUCUUAUUAAUCAGGAAAAUAAUCAAUGACUUGUUUAUACCCUUUGGGAUUUUAUUUUAAAUGGAUUCAUGAUUUUCGCAUAGGUAAAACACAGUCCAUCUGUAUUCUUUUUUCCAUCAAAAAUUGAGUUGUUUGGCAUUGUUAAAAAAUGUGAACAGCCCACCUUAUUUUAAAGGCACCAUGGAAAUUUCACAGCAUACAACUUGGAUUUGUUUCUUCAUGAUUAUUUUGUAAAUCCAUUUAACUUCUAUUCUGACCAAUAGCACAUGCUUGCCAACUCUUUGAAGAAAUUUAAUUCCCAACAUUAUUUAAAGCAAGCGGGUUAACUUUCUGAAUAUUAUAAGUUCUUUUUGUUUCUAUGUCUGGACAAACUGCAGACCUGGGCUGGACCCACACAUUCAGAAUCCAUCUUAAAAAUUGAUUUGGAUGUCCAGGACAUCGCUAAAAUAUUUCAAUUUAAAGGCCAUAUGUUGUGUUAAUGGAUUGUGGUGCUUCUAUUUAAAAGCAACUUUCAUACUUAAGAUGUUUUUGAAGAGGGAAAUGUGGAGGGAGGGGGCAGAACAGGGGAGUUGUUUGAAUGGACUGCAUUCUUCAUAUCCAUCCUGCUCAGAUGGGGCACUAAGAGAGGGCUGCAAGUUGUGAGAGUAUAUUGUGCUUACCAUGAGGGAAUUAGCUCUUCAUCACAGAUGGGCUUGUGAAGGCGGAACUUUAAAAUUCAGUAAUUACAGGAUCCUCAGAUAAUAAUUCUUGGUGACAGAAUAAUACAGCUGGGCUGUUUUUUAAACUAUAAACAAACCAUUUUUAUUUUUUAACUGUUACAUUAAAAAUUGUAAAUGUAUCUUACGUACCAUGGCCUGGGAAGCCUUUUUUCUUUUCUUUUAAAAGUUGUUUUCACUUUCUGAAAAAGAUUGUGGGGUUUAGCUAGAGAUAGUGAUGGUCCUGAUAAAAUUGAAUCAGUGACACUACCUCAGAAGGUUAAUAGGGGAAAAAAUAAAUCAUAGUUAAUGACUUCAGGCUCAGACAUCUUCAGAGCACUGUAUUUUAGAUUUAUAUAGUCAGUUGGCAUGCCCUGUUUUUGGUAAUAGUGGAGAUAUUUUAAAAAAAGUUCUUUAGGCUAAACUUAAAUCCUUGCUCCGGUUAUGUGGAAAGGGCUAUUAUGCCAAGAGGUUUGUGGUACGAGGCUGAGCAUUUAAAGUUAGUUUUCUUCACUCUCAUUCAUUAUUAAUGAAGUUGCAUAUGCACUGCUUGCUUGACCUGGUCAAGAGGCACCUCUUGAACAUCAAGGUUCUAAAAUUCACAAGAGUUUAGUAUUUAUUGGGAAUGUCCCAAAUUUGGCAUGUCAGCUUUUAAGUAAGCUCGUCUCAUUCAAAUACUCCACUUGAUAAAGGUUUUGCACUUUUAUCUGUGCAGCGCCAUUUCUUUUGCUUUCUUUUAGCUAUGUUAAUAUUACAGCCAUACUUGUUGGCAUAAAGUACCAUGAUGAGCCUUAAGGAAAUUUUUUGACUUACUUUUCACACAGGUACAUACAGGUGUGUUAGCUGGUGGAGGGAGGCAGACCAGGAAGUAAAAUCAGUCCAUUGCACAUUUAGUGGAAUUACGUAACUAAUUUUCACUACCAACAGGAGACCCCAUUCCUCGUGUUACUAAGUAUGGAAGGUUUUUAAUGCACUUUGUAAGCCAAUUAAGUUUGUGAAUCUAACUGAAACUUAUUUAAUCUGUCACUACAAUGAUUUUGUGGUUAUGCUAAGAGCCAGUAUAUUUUUUGGUGACCCUUAUAUUUGUUAAACCUAAGUUAGCAAGGAGGCAGAAAACCGUCACUGUUGUACAUUUUCUCAAAAUAUCAUUCAUAAAACUAAACUCCUUAGUUAUAUGAAUUUGCAAAUGUGGUCAUUAUCUCUUGAUUUCAUAAGAAAAAGCCCUUCAGAUUUAGUUUCUAUUCCUAAAAAAAGUGGUUGGAGAGGUUGGCCUUCAUCAGGUUUCUAGAAAUGUUUUCGGUUAUGGAAACUAAGUUUCAAAAACAAUGGUUUCCAUGUGAGCCAGUUCUUGGACUAAAUUGGGCUGAAUAAAGUCUUAAGAGUAUAUAUCCUUUUGGGACUAGCAUAACACUUGAAUAUCUUGAGGAAGAGGCACUACAAAAAGAAGACUACUAAUACAACAUAUGUGGACUUUGGAAGCUUCAAAAAGGAACUCCCACCAGGCUUGUUAGCCACAUUUAUUGUAGCAAAUCUAUUUCUCUUUAUUUUGUUACUCAAUGAACUGAAGUCCUGUGGUAUACUGCAUUAGUUAGGAGAAAAAUGUUUUUAAAUGUUCUUUUAAUGAUGGCCCAAAAAGUAUUUGACACAGCAAGAUGCAUGUGCUGAGGCUAUAGAAUAAUAGUGUCUCAAUAAGACCUCUUCCCAGUCUUGCUGUUCUUAGCAAGACAUUUGGCCUGUGACUGCACUUAUUGUUUGUGCUCAUCAGAAAAUGUCAAUGUCUGCUUUUCCUUAACUUUGCAGUCUGUAACAUCACGCUGUUUAUUAAAAAAUAAUAAUAAUAACUUUGUGUCCAAACAAUCCUUAGCGCACUAUAUAUUUUAAACAAACAAAAAGUUGCGAUCAUUAUAUGUUGCCAUUUAUUUUGAAUACUUACAAGCAAACCUGUGUGACUAAUAGUCAAAUUUUAGCUGAAUUGGAGUUCUUAUCAAUAAUGACUAAGAAUAAUUAUUGAAAACCUGAAACUAUGAUGAUGUCUUAAAAACCAAUUUUUCUGCCCCAGUAAAGUGAUGAUUAGAGAAAUAUCUGUUUAAAUAUUAACUUCCUUUAUGCACAAAGAAUUAUAUGCUUGUAUUUUAAGCAGAAAUAUAUGUGUACAUGUACAUGUAUCAAUGUCUUUAUAUGUGGGAUGGGUAUCUUUUCAGUCAAUUGAAGACCAAAAGCUGAAAGUAAAGUUAGGUUAGAAGCAAAUUGGUUUUGCUUUCACUUGCAAACCUUGCAAAAGGGAAGCCUGGAUUUUUCUUUGACCGGAUAUGUACAUGGGCAUCACUACUUUGCACUUCUAAGCAAUUAGCAUGAAAUAAUUGCUUACAUUUUAUUUAUUGACCAAAUUGCUUAAAUUUUGUUUAUUGAUCCAAAUUCACACACUUUAGGGUUCAAAUUAAUGGUUUUUAAUUUGUUAGAAGAGUCCCAAGAAUUGUCUAUUGUUAAAGGGGUGUCAGACUUACUAAAAAUAGAACAGAGAGGUGUCCUUAAUUUAAGAAAACUACAGAAAUUCAAUUUGCAGAAUGAUUUGAUAUGGUACCCAAGGCUCACUGAUUUAUUUUUUACACCAUGUGUAAAAAAAA